AUGCAACAAAAUGCACAAGCAGUAAGGCCACGAGUAAAGAUAACGGAUAUGCCAUUUCCGGUAGCUAAUGCUCAGGCGUUAAGCCGAAUUACGUGGACAAUGAUUGGUACAUCGCAAAAGGAUUUGAUUUAUUGCGUAUCCGAAGAUCCGGCUUCACAGCUACGAUUUGUAUGCAUUAAUUGCAUGGAAAGAAAUGUUACGGAUUUGAUCAAUGUGCUGAGUAGUGCCCAGGACCUGACUGGCAGUGCUGGAUUUCCAGUUCAGUAA